AAAAAAAUACGUCUGACCUUCUUCCCAGCAUUCCUCUGCUCUGGCACUAAGGAAGUGACGGACGUCAUGCUGUUUUGUGGGCGGAGCUCCCUUUUUCGCACUUCCAUCUUACACGGUGUGUGUGGCCCGGAGCUCACUGGGCUCUUAUCUACCACCGGCUGAUCCCCCACCGCAUCCAGGCCGAGCCAGGGACCAGCAACCGACAGGAGACACCGGGGAGCACAGCCCAGGAGGGACACCAUGCCUCAGAAUGAAUACAUCGAAUUACACCGUAAGCGGUAUGGUUAUCGCUUGGAUUACCAUGAAAAGAAGAGGAAGAAGGAGAGCCGAGAGGUUCAUGAGCGAUCACAGAAAGCAAAGAAACUCAUUGGUCUGAAGGCCAAACUGUACCACAAGCAGCGUCAUUCCGAGAAGAUUCAGAUGAAGAAAACUAUUAAAAUGCAUGAAAAGAGGAACACCAAACAGAAGAAUGACGAGAAAAUGCCAGAGGGUGCUGUGCCAGCGUAUCUGCUGGAUAGAGAGGGGCAGAGUCGAGCAAAGGUUCUCUCCAAUAUGAUCAAGCAAAAGCGAAAAGAGAAAGCGGGUAAAUGGGAGGUUCCUCUGCCCAAAGUGCGAGCUCAAGGAGAAACAGAAGUACUUAAGGUUAUCCGCACAGGGAAGAGGAAGAAGAAGGCAUGGAAGAGGAUGGUCACCAAAGUUUGCUUUGUUGGAGAUGGGUUCACCCGGAAACCUCCAAAAUAUGAAAGAUUUAUCAGACCAAUGGGUCUACGUUUCAAAAAGGCGCACGUGACUCAUCCAGAGCUGAAAGCCACAUUCUACCUCCCUAUCCUUGGGGUAAAGAAGAAUCCUUCAUCCCCACUUUACACAACCUUAGGUGUCAUAACAAAAGGAACAGUCAUAGAGGUGAACGUCAGUGAGCUCGGUCUUGUAACGCAAGGAGGCAAAGUUAUUUGGGGAAAAUAUGCACAAGUCACAAACAAUCCUGAAAAUGAUGGGUGUAUCAACGCAGUUUUGCUUGUAUAACAUUAUCUUUGGUUGAUACCUGUAGAACAGAGACUGGAUUUUGCAACAAAUAAAAAUACCCAUAUUGGGAGAACAUC